UGAUCCGAGAAGAGAAAUAUUUUUAAGUUAUUUUAAUUAAUUUAUUUGAAAUGAAAUCUGUAAAAGUAUUUAAUUAGUUAGUUGAAAAUUAAGUAACCACUAUGAAUCUGGGAGACCCGGAGUUGGAGUUGAUAGACCCUACGCCGAACGUACAUGCAUUGUUCAUCCAGUUUGAUAGGACUUUCUUUUGGGCUAAACUUGCAAGCAGAGCCGUUGUCCGUUGGAGUAAGCGGAUGUAUUCCUGCGCUGGUGUGUGCUCCUACGAAGGUCGGGGAGGCCUAUGUGAUAUAGCUCUCAGCGAGCCUCUACUGAAGUUACGGCCUCGCAAAGACCUAGUUGAGACAUUACUGCAUGAAAUGAUUCAUGCAUUCCUGUUCAUCACACAACGGGACCAAGACCGGGAUGGCCAUGGCCCAAACUUUAAAGAGCAUAUGUACAGGAUCAACAAGGCGGCUGGAAUCAAUAUCAGCAUUUAUCAUGACUUUCAUGAUGAGGUUAAACUGUACCAGACUCAUUGGUGGCGUUGCAAUGGGCCCUGCCAGUACAGAAAACCUUACUUUGGAAUUGUGCGGAGAACUAUGAAUUCAGCUCCCGGGCCCAGGGAUCAGUGGUGGGAGCAGCAUCAGAGGAGUUGUGGAGGUACAUUCAUUAAAAUAAAAGAACCAGAAAAAAAGACCAAGAAAACACCAAUAGCCCAACCGAAAGGUGACAUUACUAAGUAUAUUACUAGUAAUAAAAAAACUACAACUGGGGAGUCAAAGAUUGUUCAAAUAACUGAUAUUAAAUCCAACAUACCUCAAGUUCCAACAAAAUCAAACAAUUCAAGCACAAUUGUGGUGAAUCAGAAAGGUGUUAGUAAUCCUAUAAAUAAUCCAGCAGUGAAGCCUUCCUUUGUUAUUGGUAAGUAUUUUACUAUUGGAGGAACUAGCAAUAGAGUCCGAUCUAAUUCUGUUGAUGCUGCUGAAGCAGUUAGAAACGUUUGGGCUAAAAAACAAUUGACACCUAGUACUGGGUCAGCCAAUGCUGCUGAAACAGUCAGAAAUACUUGGGCUAAGAAACAAUUGACACCUGUUGCAGUUUCGCCCAUUGAUGUUGUCAAAGCAAAAAUUAACAAUCAUGUCCAAAACCCAACGCUAAAUGUUUUUCCUAAGACAGCAUCAACUAAUAUGAACAAUAAUUAUCUCGAUAAAAAAGUGACUAAACAUAAGACUGAAUCUGAACAUGUUGAUUCUCCACCUGGCAAAGUAAAAAAGAUUGAUGACUACUUCAAGAAAAAUGUGACGUCCAUGCUUAAAGAUAUUUAUGGUACUAAUAUUGAAGUGAUAGAAUCCAAUAAUAAUACCAAAUUGGUUGCUGUUAAUAACAAUAGUAUGGGCAGCUCACACACUGUUCAAGUCGAUUGUCCUAUAUGUGGAAUUAAAAUAAAGGAACAAAAUAUAAAUAGCCAUUUAGAUGAAUGUUUAAAUAAAGAUUUAAUAUCAAAAAUCUGCAGCGGGAAUGAAACGGCAGCAACAUCUCUAGUUAAAACAGCGACAGUUCCGUUAGAUAAUAAUAAGGACCUACUAACUCCUACAGUUGGAAAUAAAGCUUCAACACAAGUUUCAAAAGAAAUAUUAGCUACUUUACAGACGAUCCCACCUUACAAACCAAAAGGAUUGCCUAAGCAAGAAUUUGAAAUAAAAAAGGAGACAAAUAAAUUCGUUACCACAUUUAGGGGAACAUUCUGUAAUGAGACUGAAGUAUUUAAUGAUCAAAAUAAUUUAGACGACAAUAUAGACUGGGAAGAUAAUUUGAAAGCACAGCUACCAAAAAUAAAGCCAGAACCUAUAGAUCUGUAUAAAGCCGAUUCAGUUGUAAAGAAAGUUCAAUUUGAUAUACCUUUAAGGAAAUUUGAUAACUUUAUUGUACCAAAAGAGAAAAAAGCAGGAAGCGGAGAUCCCUUCAUAGUAGAAGAUGCCAAAGUUAAAUUACCUAUAGUAAAAAAAGAACCUGAAACUGGUACAGUAUCUGUUCUGGUUGAGCAGAAUUGUCCAUGCUGUGGUAGUAAAGUCACUAAACCUAUGAGUGAACACUUAGACGAGUGUUUGGCAUUUUUCGCAACUGACACAGCACCUGAAGAAGCGUCUACGAGUUUCGGUAACCAGACUAUAGUGAUCGAUGAUGACGAUGACGACUUGUUCGACGAGACGCAGUUGUUCAACGCCACUGGAACCAAGUUGCCGUGCCCGUGCUGUAUGCAGAUGGUUGAAAAUGAUGAUAUGAAUGCGCAUUUAGAUAGCUGUUUGAGUUAAAAUACUAAUGAAUGUUAAUUUUUCACUAAUAAUUGGACGUAGUUUAGGGUAAAAGAUCCAAUCCACAAAAAUCUGUU